AUGGAUACGGCGGCGCUGCAGGCGGUGGUGACGGUCCUCAAGGAGGAGAUUGAGCACCACAAACGCCAAGUGAGGCGGCUGCAGCGGGAGAACCGGGUGCUGGUGCGCACCGUACUGCAACUGCAGCAGCAGCAGCAGCGGGGGCUGCUGCACGGCGGCCGGCCGGAGCAGCGGGGGGCCGGCAGCAGCAACGGGGAGGAACGCGAGGGGCAUGACGUCAGCGAGGCCGCCCCCCCACAGCCGUCUAGCACGACAUCCGCAGUGCCGCACCGAUGCUGCUUGCGCUGCGGCGCAGAGCUUCCUUCCUUGGCCGGGUCGCCGCUGCAACGAGGAGCGGCGGGGUCUCCAGGCGAUCACUCCCCACUCCCCCUCGAAGGCCGCAGCUUCCACGAAGACGGCCACACGGCGCUGCAGGUGCGCGUGCGGGUGCUGGAAAAGCAGCUGCGGUGUGAACGGCAGCGACGGCAGGCCCAGGCGGAGGAAUUUACCGCAGAGCUGGAGCUGCUGCGAUUUGCGUUGGACGAAGCUGAGCAGCGCCCCUCACGGCGUCAGCGGCGGCCCACCGACGAUGGUGCUGCCCUCCGGCAAGAGUCCCUGCCGCUUUCGCCCACGCCUGGCAACGGCAACGGCAACGGCGACGGUGGUGGUGGUGACAGCACGACCGAGUCAACGCCGGAGUACCACGAGGCUCUCAGCGAGGCCCACGCGGAUCGGGAUCUGUUCAGCUGCCUCGCGGCGCCCAGCGGGGGCCCCGCCACCCCCGCUUCGCUGGGGCCCGCAGAGCCGGCGGAGGCAGUGGCGGCGUCCGGCGUGCCACAGUGCGCGCUUCCGGCGGCCACCGACGUCGCCGUGUGUGGUGGCGAGGAGCCGCGCAACGGGUCGCCGCAGCCGGGGGGCGCGACGCGGCACCCGAGCACGAGAGACACAGACUGCGUCGCUGGCGGCAGCCCGCGGCGGUUCCUGGCGGCAAUGGGCGAAGACAAGUUGCUGUCGCCAACGUCGCAGCUGGAGACCUCGCGGGAUGUCUCGACGGCCACCGACACGCCGCGGUGCGAGGACUUUUUGAGUCGCGCCACCUCGCGAAUGGAGGGGCGGCGGCAGAGGCUGCGUAAUGCGGUGAUGCCACGCGCCACUGUGGAGGCCAGUGAUGUGGCGGGCGGCGAGCACCGCGAUCCCGCGAUUAGCCUGGGCGGGAGGCAGCCACAGCUGCACGCGGUGCCGGAGCUUCCACCGAAUGCAGAGCCGCUGCCGUCGCCGUCCCCAUCCCCGCCUCCGUCCUCGCCGCUAACUUCCCUGGGGCGACGGGGGCAGCGGCACCUGGCGCACAGGCGCCCCGCCUCCUUCCACGCGCUUCACGGCGAUGACGCGGUCGCGGGUCACUGCAAAAGCACCGCAUCAACAACAAGUGCGGCUGGUGGUCCGCUGGCCGUGAACCCGAACCAGUUGGGAGUUGAGGUGGAUCCAAAAGGGCCUCGCAACCGCACGUGGUAUGCGCAUCAAGUCCUCCGCGUGGCAUUUACGAAGUUCAUACAUGUCCCUUUUUCGGCAUCCUCCGCAGGAACUCCUGCUGCUACUGCUGCUGCAAGCACGGCAAUAACACCGAACUCUUUUGAAAGGGUACCGGAGGGGUCGGACAUGGAAUCCUUCCAAGAAGGAAACCAGCAGCAGCAGUUGCCGCAGCAGCAGCGACAACGCGGUGGGUCGCUCAGCGACAGUCAGUACUCGUCUUUGGAGACGUCAGGCACUUUUGACAGUGAAGAGGAGCUGGAAGACCACACGGAGGUGGGGGCAAGUGGCCCCGCAGACGCUCCUCUGCAGCCACCACCGAUUUCCAGCGGGAUGUAUCGCAGCAUUCCCUCCUCCGCAAUCCGUCGUGCCAUUGAUGAGACAGCUCAUUUGCGUUUUCGAUGUUGUCAAAACCAGCCGCUGCUAGAAACGGUUGCGGAGCCCUUUCCCUCCGUUCUUCCCCCGUUCCACGCGGAGAACACUGACAGCGAACUGGUGGCAAACUUUGCCAUGGACGCGGCGUCUCCGAGCAGCUAUCGCGAGGACGAGAUAGGCCUCACGCUACACUCCCCUGUUCUCUUUAGCCAAAUUCGGAGUUUUCUCGGCAUGGACGCGGAGGGGUUUCGGGCCUCGCUGGGGGAGAACGCGGUGUGGCGGCAGACGAUUUCUCCGGGCAAGAGCGGCACCACACUCAUCUUUUUUGGAAACUUUGUCAUGAAGAGCCUUAAAAAGGGCGAGUUUAAGUUCCUCCUGGGCCGCUUCCUCAGCAGCUACGUCUCCUUCUGCGAGCGCCACCCGAGCACCCUGCUGCCCCGCUUCUACGCCCUGCUGACCUUCUCCUGGCUGCGGCUGCGCACGUGCAAGCGGUACGUGCUCAUGCAGAACGUUUUCUCCACCCGGUACUACAUUCAUCGCAUUUACGAUGUGAAGGGGAGCACGGUGGGCCGCUCAACGACAACGGAGACGGCGCCUCGCACCUCGUUUGGGGCUUUGCUUCUGAAGGACAACGACCUUCCUGCUCAGCUCAUCAUUUGCGGCCCGUUGCAGCGCGCCCACGUGCUCGCACAGUUGCGCUCCGACGUGGGAUUUUUGCACUCCCUCAACGUCGUCGACUACAGCUGCUUGAUUGGGGUACGCAGCCGCGUCUUUUCCCGCAAGGAAGGUCCCUCUAAGACGAUUCUGCUGAAAGAGCGACGUGGAACUUACUGGCAGCAAACGUGUACGUCCGAGGCGAUUGGCGUUGGGACGGAGCAGCUGCAGAAGACGGACAAUAGUUGCAUUCGCAGCUGUGACGGGGGCCUGCUGUCCCUGCCGAUUUAUGCCGCGGGCGACGACACAACGGCGCGGGAGGAUGUGUACUACCUUGGCAUCAUCGACGUCCUGCAGGAGUACACAUCGGCCAAACGGUUUGAAAGCUUUGCAAAAGGGCUCUGGAGCGACCGACGGCAAAUCAGCGUUGUGCCGCCAAAGGAGUACGCAGAACGCCUGUACCAAGUUCUGGAGAAUGUGACAGUGUAG